AUGGAAGAAAAGACCACCCGCGUUCCCUCACGGGCAUUUACCUCACUUCUUCGCUUUUCCAGCUCUAUAGGCCUGCUAGGCUCAAAGUACCACUAUGGGUUUAUUUCGGAUCUUGGGUCCACGCAGCAAGACAGAGAGCAGAUAACAGGAUUUGUAAAAGCGCUUGAGCAGGAACACGCCCCAUAUGUGAUAGUAAAAAAGUGCAUAGUAUAUCUAGACAGAGAAAGACUGCGGGAGAUAAGAAGAAUGGGCAGAAAGCAUCCAGAACAUGCACUUCGCGUCUGCAGGGCUGCACUUGAACACUUAAUUCCGAGAUGGAGUGUGUCUCUUAAGACGCUGUUUCUCUCUGCUUUGCAUCGCAUGGAAGAUAAAGUAGAACACAUACAGCUUGCAGUAGAAGUAAGUGAGGCCUUAGAGCAUGCUCUUGAUACGCCCACGCAAGAAUAUCUAGACAGAUAUAUUGCUUCUAGAUGCACACACGGCAUAAUAUUGCAGGCUAUUAGGUUCAUGCUGGAACACACAAAAUAUACAAAGUAUCUAUCAAGCCUGCUGUCUAUAUGCUAUUCAUCAAGCGAAGGAAAGGAGUAUUUUCUCUCUCUUCUGCAGGUGCGCACUGCCAGUAGCACUCUUCUCUAUAUUCAUACUGUGCACGCUCUUUUUAAAAAGAAUGUAUUUCAUCGCCUAAAUGCACAGAGCGCAUUGCAGAGCCGUAUUACAGAUAUCAUUGCUUGCGAGAUGCAUUGGCUCACAGAGAAAAGGAAGUAUAGAGAUGAUUCAUCCACAAAAAAGAUCAAAAUAGAAAGUACAGGUAUGUACAGCAAUUCCCACAGUAGAGUGCUUGCAAGUGCUCUGCAUUUCUUAGAGGUAGCUUUUAGAUGUAGCUGGUUAUCUUCUGCCCAGAUAAAAGCCACAAUUCCACUUCUAUUUGCUUUAUUUAAGAAAAGCCAAAAGAUUAAAGCACUUAGAACGCUCUCAUAUACAGCACAGCACAUGAAUAAGGAAGAUGCUGCAGUUCUAUCUAGUGCAGGUAUGUCUUACAUCUCUUCUACUUUGGAAAAGGAGGAGAAAGAAAACAUACAAAAAGAUAUAUCAUCAGUAGUGGUGCUGUAUAACAUUUCCACGCCUGAAAAUAUUCAGCUGCUAGGAAUGUCUGGCAUAUAUAGGCUAUUGGAAAUGAAGGAAAUAAGCAACCAAAAACUCACUGCUAUUAUUGGAAGGGCAUGCCAGAACAAGUAUAUGUGCCUGCAACUCUUUGAAGAGCUUAUAAACAAGCACGAAAGCUCGCUUGCUAUUAUUAAAGCAUUUGCACAUGCAAAGAUACAGCUUUCAGACGAGAUGCUUUCUAGCUAUGUGGAUAUGGUUCAGAGUCAAGGUGGGCCUGGAUGGAUAGUUACUGAGCACAGCUCUAAAUACAUUAUAGAGAUUCUGCCAGAAGAUCAGAAGGAAGAACUUACCUGCCAUAUGCUUCAAUGGGCAAGUGCUCUUCUUUCUCGAUCUGAAAACAGCAUAUACUUAUGCCACAUUAUUUCUGAGUGCGCUGCACAUGUAUCAAGCUCCUCUGCGCUGCAUGCUGCAUUAACAUCUCUUUAUGCCCAAUUUGGAGAGAAAUCCGACAGUGCAGCCUUCUUUCGAGCAUGCCAUGCUAUCUUUUGUCGUCUCAUAGCGCUAGGCCAGCUAUCUACAGAUAGCUCCAUGAUUUCCGUGUUUGUGUUCAAGCUUCCCUGCUGGAUCCGUGAAGUAGAGACCGCUCUUUUGCCAAGAAUAUACAAACUUGCACGCUGCCUGCAUGCACACACGCGCGGGUGGAUAGAGUGGGACAAUACUUUUUUUUCGGUGCUGGAGAGACUUCCAGCAUACGCGCCUGGCAAGAAAACUGCAGAGUUUUAUUUGAUGGAGUCUCUCUGCUAUUAUAGAAAUAUAGACAGGGCCACAAAGAUAAUAGACCGCUACACAGCUAGCCCAAAUGCAGCACGCUGUGCAUACAGGGCCCUCCAGGCUUUUAGCGCGGGCGGCUUCAUGAAAGAGGUUCUUAGCUAUCUUAUAAAACGAUACACCGAAGAGAAGACAGAAAAGAAAGCUGCAAUAGUUAAACUUAUUGUCUCAAGUGUGAAAGGAACAACCGAGAAAACAGAUCACUCUGUGAAUAGCCUCUUAGUUGCAGUCCCUGUUCUUGAAGAUGCGCUAAAAUCAGGCAAUACAUCAGGAAAAAAGAACGCACUAGUUUUAUCUGCUCUUCUCAUCCAGAAAUCUGCUGGCUCUGUGAUUGGGUAUAAAAUGGCAGUGCAUAUACUCAACUGUGUUUUUCCAUUAAUUCUCAACAAAAAAACACAAAAAGAGUUCUUGGCUGUUCUAGCAGCUGCUACAAAGAGUCUGUCUGUUGAAUUUGUUGCGUCAUAUCUCACGCCAGGCCUGGCACAUCCCGACAAACGGGUUAGAAGCAUGUACCAAAAGUCCUAUAUCCAUGUAAAGAAUAGUAUAUUAUAUGUCUCUCUGUUAGGGCUUCCUGACCCUAUGGAGAUUCCUGACUUUCUAUCUACAUGCAUAAUUUCGCAUAGAGAGUUUACAAAAAAUUUCUAG